AUGGCGACCCCCAGGUUUUCUGUGUUGGACGAGAGCGAGUUGUCGGACAUAUUGGAGGCAAACGACAAUUGGAACACAAAAAAACCAUAUGGAUGUUCAAUGAUGUCAGUGGAACAGGGUUCAAGUUCCUGCUCCUCAGAAAGUUAUGAUGCUCAGCCAAAAGACUUUGGCCUACCUCCCCUGGGCUGUAGUUCUCAACCAAAGCACAACAAGGAUACAGAUACAAGACUUGUUCUGCUGCUAAAAUCUGGAAAGGGGGACCAAGAUGAAGAUCCUUAUCAAAAGUUGCUGACUAAUGCUGGUUUUAAUACGGUCCUUUGCCCUGUACUGACCUUUGACUUUUUGAACCUUGACCUUUAUGAAGAUCAGUUAUCAAAGCCAGAUGAAUAUUCAGCAAUUGUAUUCACCAGCCAACAGGCUGUGAAAGCAACGGAAAUGGUGCUAGACUCACUGUCAGGUGAAGGGAUGCAGCCCCUGGAUAGGUGGACCUGCUUUGUGGUUGGACAGGCCACUGCCACAGAAGCCAGGCGUCUGGGUUUCCUGCCCCAGGGGAAGGACAGUGGCAGUGCUGAGGUUCUGUCAGAAAUUAUACUCAAAGAUGUAAGACCUAAAAGUAAGCCUAUUCUGUAUCCAUGUGGAAAUUUGAAGAGGGAUACCUUACCAAAAAAGAUGAAAGAAAAUGGUGUAGAUCUACACGAGGUUACAGUGUAUCGGACUAUUCCAAGGGAUGACAUCGAAAAAUGUAUCCAUGACAUCGUGAGGACAGAGGGUACCCCCAGCUACAUGGUAUUCUUCAGUCCGUCUGGUGUGGAAGCCACUCUUCCAGUCCUUGAGUCGUCCUGGUUUGCAAAAGACCAUGUGAAGUAUAUUUCCAUUGGACGGACUACCAGUCAAGCGAUGUCGAACCACCUGGUGCCAGUUACUGGUGUCUGUUCACAUCCAGACCCACACAGUCUUCUUGAAACAAUACGAACAGAUAAUAGACCGGACAAGCCAUAAUUUAACACGUAAAUAUCGAUAUAUUCAUAAGUACAUUAAGGAUUGCACUCCAUCGUUAGAGGAUUAUCUUUAUUUAUUACUUGAUAUGUUUUAUUUAUAUAUAUUUGAAAUUCAAUUUUAGUUUUGUUAGAUGUUGAAACGUUAGGAACGUUAACCAUAAUGCGUACGUGUUGUGUACGUGCAUGUCAUGCUUUGUUAAUAGAAGUUUAUACUGUUAACAGCUUUACUUGUGAUCAUGUGUAAAACAACAACAUGCCUCUAUCAUUGAUUGUAAACUUCCAAUUACGAGGUUUAUCUCACACACUGUGUGCUAAUCAUGUGUGGGGUUCAGUUGUUGUCUUUUUAUACCUACGAUUAAUUUCGGAUUUUGUCUUUGUGUGUUGGCAAAUGCGGUAUCUUUGUUUUCUUGUGUUUAAGUAUAUGUAGAAUACCAUAAUUUCUUAACACAAAUAAAUUCAAAUUUAUUGAUGCAUGUCAAGCAAUUAAUACGUUCUCAUUGUAUGCAUUGCUUGCCUGUAUAUCGUCAUACCGCAUCCUGACAGCAUACAUGGCUUCUUAUAUAUCCAGAAGUGGACUGACCUAUAUUCCACACAAUUGACCGACUUAAAACAAAAGUGUUCUUAUAAUUACCAUCCAUAUCAAUUGAAGACCUUAUCAACAGGUCGUCAAAGCAGAUUAUCUUCCUUUAUCCGAUGCCCUGUAAUUUGCUGGAUCAUUUUUGAACACGCUGUCUAUAUUCAACAUGCAUUAUGACUAUAUAUCAGGGAAUAAUUGCGGUUACAUUUACAACAAAAUGUGGCUUUCCUGGCCAAAAUAGUCUUCGAUUGUCCGACUUAAUUGAUACCUCUAUUCCUGGUUAGUAUUGGUCUCCUGUGCUCGAUGUUGUAUAGAGUAUAUUUAGAGGAUGCCAACUCGGCAGGACAUAUUGAACGACAAGCUGUAUGUGGAUGACAUUUCAUGAAGCUAAAACAUCGAUAAAAAGAGAGCCUUUCUUCACAAAUCUCUGGAGUGACAGUUAGCCUGCGAUACAUAACACUUCCACUUAUCUGUAAAUACCAGAUUUGUGUAUUUAAUACACAGCAGUAAUAGUGCCACACUGACUCACGCCAUCAGAGACUUACAUAAGGCAGUGUGAACCUUGAUGUGAUUUAGGUUUAUCUCAUUAACGACAAUCGGUACACGUGCUCCUGAACUUUUAUUGCAUUGUUGUAUACUUUACAGAUAUUUUAACUUACUUAUCGUUUUUAGACAGUGCUAUUUAUUGAAUUAAAUUUAUUAAAAAUCUACCCUCGACAUCACAUUACAUUAUGUCAAUUGUAUUGGUAUUAUUCAAAAUUGCAUUACUUCGUAAAAUAAGAUCCGUUUUUGUUGAAUGUUUGAAACUGAACAUAUCGUUGGUUUAUGUAUUGUGUUCACAAGAAUCGAUUUGUUUAUAUCUUCUCUGUAUAGAUCGACCUCUAUAAAGGGUAAAUUGACAUUCAUUUUCAUUAUGGUGUUUGUUAAAAACUUGCCAUGUGUGACGUUUCACAUGGCGACCUCUUUGAUAUACCGUAUGAUACAAGCAAAUGACCUACCAUCGAAUUUUAAAUUACACAUUAUUGUUAAGUUAUCAGCCUGCAUAGACUGUGUAUAAAACCAGGCAUUGUGAUGAAGUUGGAAUUGGUGUAAAUGAUUUAGUUAUAACAGAGAAAUUUGACGCAAACAGAAAUAUAUUAGCAUACACCUCGUACAAACGUCCAUAACAUAAUUUGCUAAUAUAUGAGAAUGCUACACAUCAUAGAAUAGGAGACAUAACGGGAUUUCGACGAACAUUGUCUGCCAAAUUAGCCUUGCGCGCCGUGUCUCUACCAAGGUAAUGUACCAGCACUUGAGAGCAUUGCUUGACCGACUUCUGACAACGUUGUUGUGUGGGACAUGUCCUCGUGUCACGCUGGGAAUUACAAAUAGUGUAGUUAAUCGUUGUCGAGGAUUUAUCAAUGUGUAUCCACUGUCCCCCUAUCCCAGAUGUGUAAGGGAUACUUUAUUAUCUAAAUGUAUCCUCCCAAUGGUUUAGUUGAAUGACAAGCAAUUUUACCAUUUGGGAACUUAUUUAUCAUGAUAAGAAACCGGAAGAUAACAGAAUGCUAGACUUUUUUGAAUAAGCAAUAUUGGGCUAGUAUGAACCGCGCAAUUCUCUAAUCAGUUUGUAAUACACUGUACAAUAUGAUGAACAAAUGCAUUGCAAUGUCUGAUUUGAAUGUUUAUAAUUAAAAGGAUGUAUUUCAAUCUUCUUGUCCGUCUGCCUGUGUCAGUCUGCCUGUUCGUCCGUAUUCCGUAGACAGCUAAAUUGUCAAGAUAUCUACCUCUUAACUACCUGACUCAUUUUCAACGGAACGUUUUACGCAUUACCAUUAGCUAAUGCAUUUGCACCAUUCGCGUUUAGGUUUAGGGUUUGUGUUAAACUUUUCAAAAUAAUCGCACUUUUAACCAUGAAACAUCUAACGUGACCUUCAUUAUCUAAAUUCCAUUAAUUCCUCUUCUGACUUAUACAGUGUAACAGUACCACUAUAGCCCAGAUCAAAUGAUAUAAAGAAUGAUCGAGCGAAACUUUGAUAAUGGUCUGGUUGAGCAACUGGCAUAGCCAGCGAUAAAACAUUGUUUUAGAAAUGAUUCCUGUGGGGUCCAUUAUCCAUGUGUACCUUUUAGUUCGCAUUCCAAUGGUUGGUAGGGUUACCUCAAAAAUUUGGACCCGUUUCUUUAUGGAUACUAUAAAGACCGCCAGUAACUACAUGCCCAGCUUAAUCAUUGCUGUAUGGAUGUAUAAAAUAAAAUGGCUAUAGUGCACAAUAAGGAGAAACGUACUCCACACGUUGCAGAAUUUAACGAUGUUUUAUGUACUUACUCAAAUAUAUGUGGAAUGUUGCAUAUUGUCAAUGUCAGCGACUAUAUCGUUUACGUUGUUUUCUAAACAUAUCCAUUUUGUGGUAAAUGUUUUGAAGGUUGUGUAUGCUUAAAUUCGAUAAUAGAUUUAUGAGUACAAACCUAUGCGUACUGAUUUAUUCAACUAUUUUGAAAGAAUGUUAUUUUCCUCUGCAUUAUUUUUUUCCCCCAAAGUGUAUUACAUGUAUCUAUUCCAUUAUUUAACCAUCAGUCUAUGCUUAUAACAUUUAAACCUGUUAUUACGUUGUUUAAUUGUGAAUAAUGCGAUUCUAAUGACGUUUAUUGUUUCGUUGUACUGUAAGCGAUUUUCUUUUUUAUUCUUGAAAAAUAUAGAUUUUUAUGAUGACAUGUAGUCUACUAAUAUGUAUCUGUGAUUGCCAUGCUAAGUGCCAAUUGGUUAAUGUAUUCGAUGUAUUUAUUUAGCAUGCAUCUUUGUUGAUUAGUUAGUUUAUCCUGUGAUGCUGAUAUUUGUUAGCUUACGACCAUAUAUAUAUUAUAUUUGGUCAUUAUGCUGAUUUGUGUGGUAGCGGCAGACAAUAUGUAGAGCUAUGGCCGUGCUCUACAUUUACAGUGUAAGCUUGCUGCCAAUAAAUGAAUGCAUUCGCCACGCCUACAAACGCACGAGUUUAAAGCCAAAUCAAGCGAAGUUAUAUGAAAUUAAAUGAUAUACGCCGAGAUCUUGUUGCAUGGUUUUCUGUUCAUUAUAUGUUCAUUCCCUUACUAUCCGAUAAAGUUCGUUACUUUUA